AUGGCAAAGAAAGAUACAGAGGAUCAAUACAACAAACUGCAGGUCUUCGCCCAGCAUUUCGUGGCCGACGAACUCAUCACAAUCAAGCUUGAAGAUGGCUGCUCUUUCACGGUACAGAAAGCCCUACUAGUGACCGCCUCGCCAUACUUCGCCGCCGCGCUAAACGGCAAAUUCGCCGAGAGCAGUGAGAAGUCACUGCGGUUGCCUGGAGUCACUGGUCCAGUCUUCCAGCAAAUGCUUCACUGGAUCUGUCAGGCGGAGCUUGUGGACGAGCUGUCGGACCCCUCAGAGUGGCAGGUCAUGCUUGUGCAGCUGUGGUUCGUGGCGGACAUGUGCAUGAUGCCUGCCUUGGCGAACGAACCAGCCAUGAUACUGGACGCUGGCAUUGGACACGAACGUGUUGAAGUCGAAACGGUAUCUGAGAUAUGGAAGCUUGCACCGGCUGACUCCAACUGGCGACGAUACAUCGUCAAUGAACUCAGGGUCGACCUCGAUGGUGAUAGUCACAUGACUGAGGAGCUCGACAUUCUUGGGCGCCUCCCAGGCUUCGUCGGUUCCUUGACACAUUGCACAAGGGCUCAUGGCAGCAAUCCCGACAUCGACGUCGAGUGGUCACUGCCUACUCUGAAGGAAGACUUGUAG